AUGGAAGCUGCAGAUUCAGGUGUGAAAAAGAACUUUCUUGCUUCAAAAAGGCAUCAGUUAGGUUAUCGAGAGCAGCUGGGACCAUAUGGUGUUCUCUGUCUUGGGUCUCCUAAUACAGAUGUAUCUGGAACAUGCAGCAGUCUUAGGAAAGGCAGAAGAUUGAAUAAAGCUAAAGCCUUUCGUCACCAAGACCUGGCGCAUCUCAGAGUGGAGAGUUUGCUGUCUUACUCUGGGGAAGAAAGGGAUGCAGGUCAUGGUUGCUCACAAUUGCCACCAAGAAAGGGACGUUCUCAACUCCAGCACAGCCAAGCGGUGCACGACUCUUCUGGGAAGGGAAGAUCACUGUUUGGAGCAGCAACUCAGAGCAACAAUGGGAUUGGUGAAUCAUCAUGUCAUGCUGUCAUUUGUGGAAGUGCAACAGAUGGAGAAAGAGUCAUCAACGAUCCAUCAGCAGCCAUCUCAGGGCUGAAGCUGGUGUCAUGGGGCACCCUCAGAGAGACAACUGUGAUGGAAGACAGCCUCUGGAGAUGGUCUGCAGGAACCCUGAAUCACAAUAUAUGUGAUGGGAAAUCUUUUAGGAUUUUACGACGGAAGGAGCCAUAUGAUCGAUGGAGUAAAGUGUCAGGAGCUGUUAGACAAAAUAACUCUGGCUGUAUACAGCAGCUUUACUGCAAAAUCUUGGACACGCUUCACAUACCAGACUCUGGAGGCCCAAACUGUGGAACUUUCCUCGGAUGUCAGGGGAUGACAAGAAACCUCGACCGUGACAGGGUCCAGCCCAUGGAGUCACUUCAAGGGGAAGAUCUGCGGGUGAAUAUUUCUUCAAGUGGCAUGUUCUUCCAGGUUGGGACAGGACCCCACGCCAGCAUCCCACGUGUCAGGUCUUCUGCUCUGCUAAAUACAAGGUAGAAAUUGUUGGUGCAUGUUCAGACAGCCAAGAAAGAUAAACUGGAAUGUGGGUCAGGAAUGGAAAGUUUGGGCUUUCUGGCUCUCGUGUAUUGAUAUGCAGUCUAAAACUCAUUAAAAUGUAGCCAUGGAAUGCUGCAACAAGAUAUGAUUUCUCACAUAGGAAAGACAGAGCCUGAAUUUCAGAAAGACCACACUGAUGUUGUCAAAACUGUCUGACUCUCAAAGACUACAGAGAAAAUAUUGCAGAACUGAGAAUCUGAUUUGGGAAUACUGUGUCAGUGGUGUUCUGACAGUGUUUAAACAAGGGGAUCCACAAAACAGCUCUCUUCUAGCAGCAGUGAAACCUCCAGGGAAACUUGUGGCUAUGUGUUUGCCAAGAUGAGAGAUAAAGGUUGAGAUUCAUGGUGUUUCGUCUCAGAAAUUCGCUGGAAGUGGAGGGACUCGUUAUGGUGAUUAUACUCAAUAUAAUGUCCUUGGUCGUUCCUGCUGUGUUACUGUGAGACACUGGUUUUGUAACCUUCAAUUUUAAAGGUAUUAAGAAGAGAAUUUCAUGGCUUGGGAAGCGGCUGUUCAGGGGAUGCUUUGGAGUAAAUAAUUCUUUUGUAGUUGUGAUGAUGGAGAAUUGAUCUUGGUGAUCUAGGUGACUCUUCCAAUGUCUUUUUUUUUUUUAAUAGCCAUUUCUUUUUAAAGAAAAGAUGUCUCAUAAAGAGUUGUCUCAAAGGGGAUAAAUUUCUUCGUGAUUUUUUCAUUCUUCCUCAGGACAAAAAAUAUGGACAUAUGAACUCUUUGACCAUUACUGAAACACGUGGUCUUUCUUUUCAGUGUCAGCUACUUUUCUUUUUAAACUUGAAUCUACCAAUUUAGGGCAUUAUAUUCACACACGUGGAAAAUGAAAGAGGAAGAAAAUUGCCCCAGUGAGUUUCCCCAUUUCAUACCCCUAUUAGUCUUGUAAGAGGUCUCUUGAUGUCAUGGGAAUGAAGCUACCCGGGACAUUUUGCACCCACCGAUGAGAUAAGAAGUCUAGUGUAUAAGAACUACGUUGCUUUCUUCAGUACUCCAUUCUUUAAUUAAUUUAUGAUUUUGUUCAUAUUGAAGCAAGAGGUUUGAAUGCUUGUGAAGACAGACAACCAGCACGGAAUAAGCGGGCACAGACACUGAAGUGGCUAUGGCGUUUCACAUCGCUGUGUGCCCUCAAAUACUGUGCUUUCCCUGUGCCUAUGAAGAGGGGAGCUCACGUCCAUAGCUAUUCUGGCAUCAGCUUCAUCCCUCCAAACUCUUGUUUGCUGAGACACAGGAAUAGGGUGAAGAGGACCAGAGGGCCCCAAGACUUGGAGUGGAGGGUCUCCUCUGACAUGAAGUGGGAGCCCCCUCUGUAGCAGAAUGGCGGUGAGGAAUUUGUGUGGCUGCAAGCAGUUCCCAAUCCAGGCUCUGCUGCACGGAUGCAUUGUCUCCUCCUGCGACCUUAGGGUAAAUUUGUGAGAUUGCUUCAGCUCACCCAGCAGCACACUGCUGCAAAACAGAGCAGUCCUGCUUCUUCCCAUGUCUGCCACUGGUUCCCAACCACAUGCUCUUGGUGCUGAGCCAUGGAGCUCAUCGGCCCUGCUGAAAGUAAAGGAGCUGGCUGAUGAGCAAGCAGGGGCAGUAUUUCCAGCAGCCAGGACUUGUAAGUACACCUGGAGAGAAGCAAAGUCUCUCAUGUUUUGGCUCUGGGUCCUGGAAGCCCUUUGACUCUGAGCAAUUGGCUGGGCAGUGGAGGAGCCCCAGCGUGGUAGCGCAGCACUGCCCUGGGGACGUGCUGGGGAAUGCGCACAGCUGACCAGGGGUGUCUGAUUCAGCCAAAAACAUGAACUGGGUAUAGAGAGAAAUAACAAAAGGGAAGUAGACUGAAGAAAAGAAUUGACUGUACGUUUUUUUAGGAGUCGUUUUGUAGUUCUUGAAUUCUGAGAUGAAUUAUGAGCAUUAGUCUUGCAAGUGAGAUCACCCUUGGUAUGAGUCUUUAUCGGGGAUUUAUCUAUCAGAAAGUGGACUGAAACUACUCAAACUUCCUAUGAAGCUGCCCAUUAAAAAUCAGUGGCUUUCAGUCACUGUAGAUUAAGGUUGGAAGUAAGUGUGUGAUUCAUAGGUAAAAGACUCAUUGUCACCCUCCAUGUUGGAAAUUCUUUAUACAAUUUCUUUGCCAUUUUUAAGUCAUUUGCCUAAACAGAGAAGAGGACUGACCUUGUGAUUAAAGCACAUGGCAGAAGCAAAUGAGGUGUGUUUGUGUUACUUUAGUCAGGUAACUUAAUCUUUCGGUACAUUAAUUUCUCAAUAUGAAGCGCAAUGCUAAUCCGCAUGGUCAGUCCAUCACACAUGGUCUCUGCUGAUCCCUCCUCCUCGUGGGGAGGACUCCUGACACUCUUCCUCUGCUCCAGCCUGGGGUCCCUCCCACAGGAGAGAGUCCUCCAGGAACAUCUCCAAUGUCAGUCGCUGGUGGGCUCAGCCUUAACCAGCGGCAAGUCCGUCUUGGAGCUGGCUGGCAUUGGCUCUGUUGGACAUGGGGGAAGCUUCUAGCAGCUUCUCACAGAAGCCACUGCUGCAGCCCCCCCGCUACCAAAACCUUGCCACACAAACCCCAUUAUCUCACUGAAUAGCAGGAGAAAAAGCAGUGUGAUGCAGAGACAGCGUAACUCUUAGUACAGAUUACUGUGUGCCUUUUGCAGGACUGUCCAAAGCGAAUUCACUAGUUCAGGACAGGUUCCUGGUUUUUGUUGUACCAGUUCAAUUUGCAUUACUUCUCUUGUUCUGAAGCUGGCCAAGCUUUCAGCUUGAACAAUUUUUCAUUUCCCAUAAUCAGAUCUUUUUGUAAAAACCAUUGGCAAGAUUUGGUUUUGAUAUCAUCUUAUGUCAUUGCAUACUUGCAUUGGUCAUAUGGACUUUGUUGGCACACCAGAAGUGAGACUUGUAGUCACAUUGGAAAAUACGUUAAUUGCCCAAUUUGAAUGUCACAAAUAUAUUUGACGUUUCUGAUUCCAGAAGUCUGAUGCCAGCAGUGGUCUCAAAAAUGUUAAUGAGGUCUGGGUUUAGUGAAAAUGUUCACAAAGUUCAAAUAAACUGCAGUUUCUGUUGG